ACUAUCAUAGUGUUAUUUAUGCGCUUUUUGAGCAUCCCCCGUAGCAUUCGGAUAUGCAGAUGCGUCCCUGUAAAUGCACGUGUUCGCGGCUGCGCACUAAGCCCGCCGGUCUGUCACAAAUUGCCCGAUCCGCAAUAACAAUUAAAAGCAAAAUACAGGUUGAAAAAUUACCUAGAGUGCCAGUUUAGGAGCAGAAUGCUGUCCGCCGAAGAUCCCGAUAAAAAAGUGAGCGGCCAUAGCCGAGGAUCCAGCGGCUCCCACGACUUCCGGGAGGCGACAAAACGAGACGCACUCAACCACCUGCGCAAAGAUCUCGACUCGAUUUUAAACACGUGCAAGGAGGAAAACAAAACGCAAACCAAUGCCGAGUUCCAGGGGUUCCUCAAGCUGUUCCAGCGCUUCCUCGAAGAGUCCGGACCUUCGGUCAACUGGGACAAGAUCGAAAAACUGCCCGCCGACGCCGUCAAAGAGCACCACACCCUUCCGAAGCCGGAAGACAACGAGGCCAUCACCAAGAUGCUCAACAAGUUGGUGGUGAUCAAGUUGAAUGGAGGGCUGGGCACCUCCAUGGGUUGCCACGGGCCCAAAUCGGUCAUUUCCGUGAGGAACGACCUCACUUUCUUGGAUCUCACCGUACAACAAAUCGAGCAUCUCAAUAAAACGUACAACGUGAAUGUCCCUCUAGUUCUUAUGAAUUCGUUCAAUACCGACGACGACACGGAAAAAAUAAUCAGAAAGUACAAAAAUUUGCAAGUCGAAAUUCACACCUUCAACCAAUCUUGCUAUCCAAGAAUAAGCAGGGACACCCUAUUGCCCAUAACAAAAAACUGUGAUGUUCAAAAAGACUUGGAAGCGUGGUACCCGCCAGGUCACGGUGAUUUUUAUCUGAGCUUUCAAAACUCCGGUCUCCUCAAGAAGUUCCUCGGCUCCGGUAAAGAGUACUGCUUCAUAUCGAACAUAGACAAUUUGGGGGCCACUGUAGACAUAAACAUUCUCAACUUGUUGUUGAAUCCCAAGGACAACGUUCAACACGAAUUCGUCAUGGAAGUCACCGACAAAACCAAAGCUGACGUUAAGGGAGGUACUUUGAUCCAAUACGGAAACAAGUUGAGGCUUCUCGAGAUCGCUCAAGUCCCGAAAGAGCACGUGGAAGACUUUAAAUCCGUGAAAAAAUUCCAGUUCUUCAACACCAACAACUUGUGGGCCAAAUUAGACGCAAUUGAGCGCGUUUUGCGGGAAGACAAGCUCCGCAUGGAAAUCAUCAUCAACAACAAAUCAUUGGCGAACAACGUCAACGUGAUUCAGUUAGAAACUGCUGUAGGAGCCGCCAUGAAAACCUUCGAGAACGCCAUCGGCAUCAACGUGCCGAGAAGCAGGUUCUUGCCCGUGAAAAAAACCUCCGAUUUAUUGCUGGUGAUGAGCAACCUGUACACCCUUAAAAACGGCUCUCUGAGCAUGUCCCCCCAAAGGAUGUUCCCCACCACGCCGCUGGUCAAGCUCGGGGACAACCACUUCUCCAAGGUCAAGGAGUUUUUGGGGAGAUUCGCCGCCAUCCCCGAUUUGCUGGAGCUGGAUCAUUUGACGGUUUCCGGGGACGUUACCUUCGGCAGAGGCGUAUCUCUAAAGGGAACUGUAAUUAUCAUCGCAAAUCACGGAGAUAGGAUCGAUAUUCCAUCAGGUGCCAAUCUAGAAAAUAAGAUAGUUUCUGGAAACAUGCGUAUCUUGGAUCACUAAAAAAUUUUGUUUUUAAAAGUAACUUAUUUAUUUUAUUUGUUAAAUUGUGAAAUUAUUUAUACAGUAGAUAUAUUUUUUUCUAUAAUAACUAUAUUUUUAAUUAGUUCUUUGUUAAAUUUUACAUCCAAAAACUGUUUUGAAAUAUUAUUUUUGUUGAAAUAUACCAUAAGAUGAAUAAAGUGUUUUUGACUUUA